AUAUAAAAUACAAAUAAUUCAUAAUUCGUAGGUAUUCUAGUACAUGACAAAAUAUAUUUUAAAAUAAUUUUUAUAUUAUCUAAAAUAAUGUGUUAGUUUGUACUACAUUGAAAAAUAAUAUAUUAUAUUAAAUUCAUAUUUUGACAUGGGUGACAUUAAAGAAGAAGACUGGAAUUUACCGGAAUGCAAAUAUGAAUAUUUGGACCAUACAGCAGAUAUUCAAAUACAUGCAUGGGGAAAUACUUUAUCUGAAGCAUUUGAACAAUGUGCCAAUGCUAUGUUUCAUUACAUGACAGAGGUGGAUUACAUUGAAAUGAAAGAGUCAUAUGACAUAGAAGUUGAGGGUCACGACAUGAUGACUCUUUUGUAUAAUUUUCUUGAUGAAUUGUUGUUCAUUUUUAGUGCUGAACCUAAUUAUAUUGCUAGAAAAGUACAAAUAGAAGAAUUUGACACAACAACAUUUAAAAUUAAAGCUAAAGGCUUCGGAGAAGAGUUUCAACUUGGAAAACAUCCUCAAGGUACAGAAAUUAAAGCUAUAACAUUUUCAAAUAUGCAGAUACACGAAAAUGAAGGAAAAUGUGAAGUGUUUGUAAUUUUGGAUAUUUAAUAAAUACUUAGAUUUUUGUUUAUUAUUAUGUUGUUAUAAUUAAUAUAACUUAUAAGAUCAUUGUAAAUAAAAAAGCUAAUGUUUUUUAAAUAUAUUAAUUUAUAUUAUGUA